CCUACCAACGUCUCGACCUCGAAACACAGCACGCAUAUAUAGCUUAGAUGUCUUACUGCUGCGGCAAACUUACUCAUAGGCUGUGCCGGUGAACUCUGUCAACUUCAAAUUUUCGCCAAAGCAGAAAUGUCGACACGGCGAAAAUCAACGCGAGCUACAAACUUUAACAAUAUCCAGGAGCAGCAGCGCAAUGAAAAGAUUCAGAAGCGUCAGGCCGUGCGGGGCGGGGACGGUGUCCGGCAGCAGGUGCACCGGGUCCUGACUGAGGCCGCGCUGCAGACGGUGUGGCAGCUCUACGAGAAGUACGCAAACGCCAGCCCGCUGCUGGAGCGAUAUGCGGAGGACGGCGGUGGCACGGGGUCCUCAGCUGCAGGCGCCCGGCGGAGUGAACGGCGCAGGGCGGGGAACAGCGGCGGCGGUGCGGCGGCCGACGACGACGGCGCGGGCGGUGGCGCGGUGAAGGAGGCCCUGGCCGGCGCGGAGGCGGCGGCGGCGGCGGAGGCGGCGAGGGUCUGGGAGGAGAACGGCCACCACUGCCUGGACCUGCUGGAGCCGCUGCUGCUGCCGCCCGACACAGCCGCGCCCAAGCACGUGCAGGAGGCCCUGAUGCACCUGGUGCUCAACGCCGAGGCGCACCGCACACAUCUGUCCGCCAGGGCGCUCAGCCUUCUGGAGCGGCUGCUGGAGCGCCACCCGCCCGUGCGCCUGGUGGGGGUGGGGGGCACGCCGGAGCCAGGUGUUGGGGACCAAGGCGGAGAUGAGGAGGACGAGGAGGAGCAGCAGGAGGGCAGUGGUGGGGCAGGGGGCGCGGGGUCGGCGCGCCGGCCCCACCUGGAGGUGAACCCCGACCUGUGGGAGCCGGUGUCGGGCACCUGGACGCGCGCUCCUCUGUGUGGCCUGCCGCGACUGGCACGCGGGCUGCAGCAGCUGCGUGGCCUGAUGCUGCUGGCGGGCGGCGCACACAACUGCGUGGCGCGGGCGGUGGAGGCGGCCGGGCACCCGGCACUGCCGCGGGCGUCAGACAAGGACGCGGCCGAGUGCGGGGACGUGGGCCAGCUGCUGCUGCUGCGCUACUGGGUCCGCAUGCUGUGUGCCGACAUGGAGGUGCGGCUGCAGGCGGCACACAGCAGCCUGGGGGCCAGGGGGCGCGCGGAGGAGGCCGCGGAGGCAGGCGGCGAGGCGGAGGAGGCGGAGGCGCGGGCGGCGGUGGAUGGCAGCCUAUUGCUGCGGCUGCUCAAGACCGCGGACCUCAACCUGGGCUGGCAGUACGAGACCAACGCCAAGCCCAAGCUGGUGCGGCUGCUGGCCUCCACAGCCGUGUAUGGAGCCAUGGGGGCGCGGGCGGGGGCGGUGCUGCCGCUGCCGGGCGGGCAUGGCAGCAGCGGCGCGGGGGCAAGGCCCGGCGGACCUGGGGGCGUUGUGGCGGUGCCGCCGGUGGUGGCCUCGCGGCUGCUGGUGGCGGGGGGCCCGGGCGAGGUGGGGCGCCUGGCUGGGCGGCUGCUGGGCUGCCUGGCGGGCGGGCUGGCGGCGAUGGAGGCGGCGGACGGCUACUCGCGGCGGCGGUCGGCGGCAGUGGCCUACAAUGAGCGGGUGGAGAUGGACCGGCGGCUGGCCAAGGUGGUGGGCAAGGAGGCCGUGUACGGCAACCCUGACAACGUGCAGGCUCUGCUGUCCUGCCUGCCUGCCGCCAGCUGUGUGCGGCUGCUGAGCUACCUGGUGGUGGAGGCGGCGGAGGAGCAGCUGUCCGGUGCAGCGGUCGCGGGUGCUGGUGGCGGCGGCGGCGGUGUGGCGGCGCUGGCGGCCCUGGCGGCGCACUACAUGGAUGGGGGCGUGAAGGACUCUCCGCCGCCGGUGCUGGCCUCGCCCGCGCUGCGCUACCUGCUGGGCGACCAGGAUCCCCAGGGCGGCGGCGGCCAGGAGGGCGGCCAGGAGGGCCAGGAGGGCGGCGGCGGGCACUGGGCCUGGGGCCUGCGCUGCAUGCGGCUCAACAGCCAGAUGCCGGGCCGCGUGGGGCUGCCGCUGCUGGUGGCGGCGCUGGCGGCGGCAGGAUGGCGGCAUGCGGAGGAGGAGGCGCGGCGGGCAGAGGCGCAUGAGGGCGCGGGGGAGGCCGAGCGGCAGGACGCGGAGGACGACGAACCGGAGGCGGGGGCGGGGGCUCGCCUGACGGCGGCGCAGUGGCGGCGCGAGCUGGCGGCGGUGGCGGCGCUGAGCCAGCGGGCGGCGGCGCGACUGCGGGCGGAGGGGCUGGUGCGGGUGGCGGACGGCGCGGGGGCGGGGGCGGGCGCAGGUGUGGGUGGUGUGGGGGCGGACGGUCUAGCCAUCUACAUCCAGAUGCGGUGUGCAGAGCAGCUGGCCGAGCGCCUGGGCAACCCGGGGGCGGCGGCUGUGGCGGCGGUGUGAGGUAGGGCGUGCAGUGCUGGGUGCCUGACCGGUCGGGGGGCGCGGCAGCACGCGGCCGCAGCGGCUGCAGCGGGGCUGAGCAGCGGACACGACCGCUGUGAGUGCGAGCGGUGGGACAGGGUAAUGGGCAGGUUGGCGUGGUGUGCAGCGCAUUGUAUGUGUAUGUGGCGUGACUACAAGCACUGGGGUGGGGACGAAACCGAGCCGCACUGUAACGCUCUGUCACA